CGACGUUGCCCCAUUAACAGAUGGGGGCAGCGUCUUCACCCCCACCUGCAAUCAUGCCCCGCUCGUCAGCUGCGCGGCGAGCGGAGCUUCGUUUCUUGGAGAGGGUCGUUUACCAUAACUGGCUUGUUAAUCCUCUUGUCAGGGGUAGAUGAUUUUAAUGCAGAUGCAAGCCUUUAGUUGAUCCUAGUGUUCUAAUUUAGAGAAGCAAUCCUAUUAGUUAAGCUGAACUCCUGUUUCUACAUUGGAGGACAAUACAAAGCAACUUGUAGCCUGACUUCUGUGGUCAAAUGAGUGCAGCACAGUUAGAAUCCUCUGUGCAUGACUGGUUAUGUCCAUGAGCGAGUGUUGCCCUUUGUGCCCCUUCACCAUGGUUCUCUCUUCCAUAUUUCCCCCUCCAUGUGUUCCACCUCCUCCUCUUGUCGUUGUGUAUGUUCAAAAUUUCAUAGAUGUGGUGACAUGUAUGUAGUCCUUUUCUGUCAGUUUGCCAAGAGGAGUUCCCUUGGUGUUGCCUGUGUUCCCAGUGCUAUGCUUUGCAACCCUCCUGCUCCAACAUGUUCAUUCUCCAGGCAGCGGACGUUUUAAUGCUGCAUACUGUUUUUUUAUCUAUGAGUUAAUACUAAGGCUUUCCCACUGGAACAUCACUCAGACUGUAAAGCACAUGUGGCCUUUCAUUUGCCAGUUCAUCGAGAAACUUUUCCGCGAAACAAUAGAACCAGCAGUGAGAGGAGCAAACAGCCACCUGAGCACCUUCAGUUUCACAAAAAUUGAUAUAGGGCAUCAGCCCCUUAGAAUUAAUGGCGUUAAAGUGUACACUGAAAACGUGGAUAAAAGGCAGAUAAUUUUGGAUCUUCAAGUCAGCUUUGUUGGCAAUUGUGAAAUUGACUUGGAGAUCAAGAGAUACUUCUGUAGAGCUGGUGUGAAGAGUAUACAGAUUCAUGGUACAAUGAGAGUUAUAUUGGAACCUCUGCUUGGAGAUAUGCCCUUAAUUGGAGCACUGUCUUUAUUUUUCCUUAGGAAACCGCUUUUGGAAAUUAACUGGACAGGACUGACCAAUCUUCUGGAUAUUCCAGGACUAAACGGUGUAUCAGACACUAUAAUACUAGAUAUCAUAUCCAAUUACCUGGUGCUUCCAAAUAGGAUUACUGUUCCGCUUGUCAGUGAGGUGCAGAUUGCUCAAUUGCGCUUCCCCAUACCAAAGGGUGUGCUAAGGAUACACUUCAUUGAAGCUCAGGACCUUGAGGGAAAAGAUACUUACCUGAAGGGAAUUGUUAAGGGAAAGUCUGACCCUUAUGGAAUCAUUCGUGUGGGUAAUCAAAUUUUCCAAAGCAAAGUCAUCAAAGAAAAUCUUAACCCAAAGUGGAAUGAAGUUUACGAGGCCUUAGUAUAUGAACACCCAGGACAGGAAUUGGAGAUUGAGCUCUUUGAUGAAGACCCAGACAAGGAUGACUUUCUGGGAAGUCUAAUGAUAGACCUAAUCGAGGUUGAAAAGGAGCGCCACCUAGAUGAGUGGUUUACUUUGGAUGAAGUUUCCAAAGGAAGAUUGCAUUUAAAACUAGAAUGGCUCACAUUGAUGCCUACAGCAGAGAAUCUUGAUCAGGUUCUAAAAAGCAUUAGAGCUGAUAAAGACCAAGCCAAUGAUGGGCUUUCGUCAGCAUUGCUUAUUCUUUAUUUGGAUUCAGCAAGAAAUCUGCCAAGUAUCUACGAGGGAAACUUUGGGUGUGGAUACUUAAAAGAGAGGAGAGCAUCGGGACUAGUCUUUUGUGAAAAUACUACCUCACUCUAUAGAGCACUAUUUUCAGGAAAGAAAAUAAACAGCAACCCCAACCCCCUUGUCUUACUGACUGUUGGACACAGGGCACAAGAAAGUAAGAUUCGCUACAAGACCAGUGAACCUGUAUGGGAAGAAAAUUUCACUUUCUUCGUUCACAAUCCUAGAAGACAAGAGCUAGAAGUUGAGGUCAAGGAUGAACAACACCAGUGCUCCUUGGGAAACUUCAAGCUUCCUCUAAGCCAGCUUCUUGAAAGUGAAGAUCUAACUAUGCAUCAGAGAUUUCAUCUUAGCAAUUCUGGUCCAAACAGCACUGUAAACAUGAAAAUUGCACUCAGGAUUCUUUCUCUUGAAAAGCAAGAGAGGUCUCCAGACUACCAACACUCAGCCCAAGUGAAGAGACCCUCUGUUUCCAAAGAUGCAAGAAAAGGUUCUUUCAAGCCUCAGGCCCCCAUUUCUCCAGCGACUGACUUGAAUAAGCCCCCAGUUUCCACAGCAACAGACAUUGAUAAAAAGACCGGUGUGGUUGAAAAAAGCCAUCCCUCUAACCCUAGUCCUCACUGGCCAACAGAUCUCAGCAGAAGCUCCUCCAGUCUCCUUGCCUCCAACGUGAGCUAUUCUCCCAGCCACCUUUCAGUCAAAGAACCUACUCCAAGCAUCGCUUCAGACAUAUCACUACCCAUUGCCACACAGGAGCUGCGGCAACGACUGAGACAACUUGAAAAUGGCACAACUUUAGGACAGUCUCCUUUGGGACAGAUUCAACUAACAAUUCGUCACAGUUCACAAAGAAACAAGCUUAUGGUGGUGGUUCACACAUGUAGGAAUCUCAUCGCAUUUUCAGAAGAAGGAUCUGACCCCUAUGUCCGAAUGUAUUUAUUGCCUGACAAGAGGAGAUCAGGAAGAAGAAAAACAAGUGUUGCAAAGAAGACUUUAAAUCCAGUUUUUGAUCAGGCCUUUGAUUUCAGUGUUUCAUUACCUGAAGUGCAGAGAAGGACACUAGAUGUAGCAGUGAAAAACAGUGGAGGUUUCUUAUCCAAAGACAAAGGGCUGCUUGGUAAGGUAUUGAUACCAUUGGCUUCUGAAGAACUUUCCAAAAGUUGUACCCAGUGGUAUGACUUGACAGAAGAUGGUACAAGGCCGCACAUUGCACCUUAGGCAACUUUGGAUGCCAGAAGCUCCUGUUCACAUACUUUUGCCAACCUUUAUAUAUUUUAUUAACUUUGUUCACACAGAUGUAUCAAUAUUAUUUUUAUAACUCUUAGUUAUUAGGCCCAACCAUCACUUCCCAACCAUUUUAUAACACCUGGACAUUCUAUGUAGGCUUAAGUCAGUUUAAUUGUUAGCCUCCUUUCCUUUGUUUGUUACAGUACUUUAAAGUGCAAUAGGGUUUGUAGAGUAACCCAUUUGUUUCAAUGGAAUCUUUUAUGGCAUUUGUACCCUUGAAAAAAGUGAGAUGUUUAUCUGCUUUUCCUACCUUGUUUUGUUUCUCACCAAGGUGUCUGCCAUGUAAAUAGAUACUAUUUUUUAAAAUGCGUUUUCCCCAGUGGUUUGAAGACAGAAGAAAAUGUAAAAACAAAUUAGAUGUUUUUCUUCUAAAUGCAUCCUAAAAGCUUACAAUGAAAUGUUUUGGGAAUGGUCUUUGCAGCAAAAUGGUCUUAAUCCUACUAAUAUUAUGGUGUGUUUUUUUUAAAAAAAAAAGUCCGACAAAUUAAUUAGCCCAUAUAUUUCUGGCCUUAAAGGCUUGCAAAACGGGACAGUAUGAAAUAGUAACUUUUUAAUAUUUAUAUAGAAAUGUAUUCUUGGAAUUUUGUUGAGAUAAUUCAUAAAAUCCACAAAUUCAUCCAGAUAAUGUUAUAAAGAAAAGUAUAUAUAAAUACUGUAUUAAAAAUACUGUAUAAAAAUAAGAUGAUCAAGGUGUUUAAAUCAUAGUAUAUUUAUCUCGAUCACCUAUGAUACAAAAGUGAAGACUCAAGUAGUACAACGUUUUGUAAUGCACUUUUGCAGUCAUUGCUUCCUGUUUAGAAUUUAUUUGCCCCACCCAGAAUACCAGAACAUUGCCUAAGCAAUAGUAUGGUUAAAAUGUAUUGCAGAUUAAGGUUUGAUAACCACCCUAAUGAUCCAACUUCUGUGGUGGUGAUUGAAGAUGUUUAUAACUGGGUCUGUAGCACAUGUUUGCUAGUGGUAUCAUAAAAUGCUUGCAGGUCUGUUAAGUUGGAACUUAGGUUAUACAAAGCACAAAAUCUAGAUUUCUGGUUAGCUCUUUCCACCGUUGCUGUGGUACUUGGAGCAUUUCUCUCUCAUUUGGGUCAGAUCUGUGUGAAAUAGUCACAUUGCAUUUAAAACACCAUUUUAUUCUGCUGCAAGGACCACUUCAUACACCACUAGUUGAGGAAUCUGUCACUGGAAGUUGAGUGGACAGAAGGUUUUCUACAAGUUCUGGAAUAUCAGCCGUGAAUCUGGACUGUGUUGCUUCUGAAUGAUGUUAAUGCAGUAAAAUGAGCCAUUUAAAAUCAAAUGUAUAUUCUAAUCAGUGUCGCUUUUUGGUUUGAUUUUUUCAGGCCCAGGAAAUAUAAGAGUGGUUUGCAAAAAAUGGACUUGAUAAUGUUUUUAAGUGUGAACUUGUUGCUUCAGGUUUUUUCCAUUGUUGCUUACAGAACAAAAUCAAUGGAGAAUUGAUUAUAUCUAUUGGUUCCUUUUUUUUGGAAAGCUUUCUCAGAUGGUUUUAACAAAAAUGUACAUUUUUGUGGUUUAACCCAAGCAGUGCUUCUUCUGUCUCACAAUCGUGGGUAAAUAUGCAAUUGCUUUUAAAAAACAAAAUAACCAUUUAUCAUUUAGUUAAUUGUCUUAGGAUGGCUUCUGGUCACAAAAUAAUGUUUAAGGAUAAAUAAACUUCUCAAAUACUAGCUUUAUAAUUAAACUAGCAUAACCUUUAUUCUCACUUAGACAAUUGAUAUAAUCUAGUAGAAAUGUCUCCUGCACAAGCACCAUUCUGUUGAGCUUGCACAGACGAAAUUCCCAUUGUGCCCUUCAAGUGUACAAGAAUACCAAAGUGCCUGUCGUACAGCUGUAGCAGACUGUUCAUACCAAGUUUUAAAAACAAAUUCAUUUUCAUCUGUCAGUAUGAUAGAUCUGUAUGUACACAGUGGCAUCCUGUAUGUAACAAUGAAUUAUUUUAUACUGGCUUUGCUAGGUAGACCUCAGCAGCACCAUUCAGAUAUUUGGCACAUGUGUAGGAUAGCAUGAUUUGAGCUCUGAGAGACUGGCUCACCAUAAACAUAGCUCAGAUUAAGGUGGUUCCCCACUUAACGCCAUAUGACCACUUUUAUAUUGCUCUAACAAAGGAGAGCAUAUAAAAUGAAGAAGAGACAGCCAUAAGCUAUAUUAAUGAUGACUGCUUAUGAGAAAAGUGAAGACACGAGAAAUGUGAAUAGAAAUCUUACUGGAGAAAAUUAAUAACUCAUCUAACCCAGUAUUCUAUCCUCGCUAAACCUGACAUCAGUGAGAGCGUUACUUAUGCUGAAAUCCCUAAAUGAUGAGAGAAUCUUGGGAGAGGAGGAUGGCCACAGUGCCAGCACGUGUAACAACCUAGAACAAAUAUAAUUGGUGAUGUUUUUAGGGGUAAUGCAGGCCACUAAUAAGCAAUGAUGUGAAACACUUUCUUAGUCCAUUGUUAAGUAAAAAUUGCCAUUUCAUCUCUUCAUCCCCUGGUAUAUCAGUGUCCUUUCCCAGGUAUCCUCAAUGAGGAAAUAACAAACAAACGAGAGAGUUACCAUGUCAAAUGGUUGCAAAAAAAGGAUUUGAUACAACAUGAAGUCUUUUGGAUGACUCUCAGAUGAAAAGAUGGAACACACUCUCAAAACAUCUGGACCAAAAUCUUGGAUAAUGAUUACAAAGAAAUGCUCUUUCUGCCUUUGGAAGCUGGAAGCUGCAUGCAUGAAUCUAUUCUCUCCACAACUUGGUGGUGAUUCAUAGAGGAAAGAUGAAGAAGCAUGAAAUUUCCAUUAGCAAAUUGAAAAACUAGCUUUCCGGGUUUUUUGUUAAAUCUUGUGCCUUAAAGGGAAGCCUAAAUAUUUUAUGUGUUCCAUAGCUUUGUUCUCUGUAUUUACCAGUCUUUCUGUUAUGUGCUAUUGAAUAUGUUCAGUGCUCUAUGUUGCUGGAGAGGAAAGAAACAUCUUGCAUUUGGAGCUACUGUAACCCAAGCACCAAGUCAAUAUGUUACGUGGGUUUUCAAUUACGUUUUGAAUCCUGUCUAUCAGGCUUGCAGCAACUGGUGAAAGAAGAAAAGGUGGUCAAUUUAGUACAGAUCACCUUUUUUGCUCAUGUAAUUUUCAACUGCAUGUAUUUAUUCAAUAAAUGAUUUAUAUGGGAGUCCUUGAA